AUGUCCUCCGCUUCUCUUGGUAAAUCAUCUCUCACAGACUCUCGAGCAUCUUUCAAAUUGCAAGGUUUUGAAACUGAACGAGUUGAACUUGACCAACUCAUCAUCAAAUACAAGGACCAAAUUGAUGAAUACGCACAGAAUGGUCUAAGCAUCGAGAAGGCUCUCUCUUGUCCCUUGGGUGCUUCCUAUUUCUAUAAAUUCUUAUCCGAAGAAUUCAACAAGGAGAAUAUUAUCGCCUAUUAUGACGUAAAGUCACUCCAUGAUUUUCUAUUGUAUUCGAAAAAGAAGAUGGAUUGGGUCAUUGACACCUCUGAAGUCUACAAGGAUGAAUUAUUGAAUGAUUUAGACUCUGAUACCCAUUCCUCGAUAACUUCCAUGACUUCCGCAAGCAAUGUUUCUUCGACAAACAAUUGUUAUCGAUGUGUGGCAAGUAUCAAUGAAAUGAAAGAAUGCGCAAAAAUGAUUGAAAAGUUCACAGACACAUACUUUGAUGCAUCUUCGAUUUAUGAAAUCAAUAUUAGCUCAUCCAUGAAGGCAAAUAUGUUAAAAGCGACAGAAUUUGUGAAGGAUUUGAAAAAGUUUUUGGAGAUUGUUGCAUUAGAUGAGACAUGCUCAGUGAGUGUUGAAGAACAAACAAAAAUCAUGCACCAACAUAUCGAUACUUUACUCCCUGUUCUCGAUGGAUUGAAAACUGAACUCUUAAAAAAUAUGAUGGAUCCAUUCCAAAGAUUUUUGACAAGUGACAGUCUCUAUGAAUGUGUGGCCUUGUUUUUGUCAAGCCAAGGAGAUGAUGGCUUUCAUCGUCAACGAAUUUUGAACGCAAACAAAUCUGAAGGCACCAUUGUGUUGAAUCAACCUGAUGCAAACUCUUCGCAACAACAUUUAGCCAUCAUUAACGAUACCAUGAAGAAUUUGAGUGUUGGUCACCCAAUUCCACGGUUACAACAAUUACUCGAAGACGUCUUAGAUAUUCUCAAUCAAUCCACUGACUUGUAUGCUAUCAGUCAAAGUGGUUCUCUUGGAAGUAUGAAAGAUGACACCAAGAAUCAAGUGCAAAUCGAUUUGAGAUAUGACGAUAUAUCAUUGCCUGGAAAAGAUUGUUGGGAAAAAUUUGUUCACUCAUCCUAUGAUUUAGCUCAUGUCGAUUUGACCUUAUUGAAGACUGAUGAAGAGAAGCUAACCUUUUUCAUUAAUGCUUACAAUUUAUUAUUGCUUCAUGCAUUGAUUAUUUCUGGAAGUUUACCUCAAGUCGAAGUGACCAAUAUCAUCUUUUACAGAAAAGUGAAGUAUAAUAUUGGAGGAUAUUUAUUCUCAUUGGCUGACAUUUUUAAUGGUAUUUUACAAUGUAACCAAAUGAAAUGUCUUAUUUUUGGUAAAGCAUUCAAGAAGGGUGAUGAGAGACGCAAGUUCAUUCCAGAUCGAACAUUCCCUGAAGUUUACUUUGGAUUGAUUAACAUGACCAAAUACUCUCCCAAGUUACAAGUCUAUCAACCAACGACUCUACUCGAUAGUUUGAAACAAAACACUGAAGAUUACUUUACAAGAUAUGUACAAAUUCUUUCCUCAAAUCAAGAUCCAUCCGAAAUUGUUGAGAUUGCGAUUCCAACCAAUCUCAAAGAACACAAAGUCGAGUUGAAGAACUUUUGGAAAGGCGAUAGUAAGACUGUAUUGAAGGCUGUGAGUAAUUUGAGUACUGCUUCUUCAAGUAUAUCAAGUUCAUCAUUGAAUCCAGACAUGACUGAAACGAGUAGUAUUUCUGCAGCUAGUGGAUCCGAGUCCAAUAUUGAGGCCGAGAAGAGAAAGGAAGUGUUGAAUUAUCUCAUUGAAAAUUAUCAUCCUGAAAUGUUCAAUACACUCACUGCUGAGACUAAGAAGAUUACUAAAAAGACUAAACUCUCCUACAAACCCUAUCAAGUGAAUCCUCCUAAUUGGUUUACUGUAUUCCGAUCCGAAUUUCAGAAACAAAUUCAAGACAAAUUCAAGGUGGAAGUUCCUGCCUCUGGUGAAGUCUUACUCGCCAAACAAGCCAAAGAAAAGCAUUGUCUAAUUGAAGCAUUCUUUUCCAAGUUUUCUCGAACACAAAAGUUGGUGGAGAAUGCAUCAAGCACCACCACUACUUUGCAAUCCAAGGAAUCGUUUUGCAAGAGAAAAAGAGCGACUACUGUAUGGCAAAACAAGUCCUUCAAGAAGAAGGAUAUUUCCAUCAUUGAUUUCAUUUUAGGAAGAAAGAAAGAUCCAACAGCAACUCCAAGGCAAAAGAAACAAGCUUGUAUCAUUGCUUAA